AUGACGGUACCGAGGACGGAAACGCUUGGAAGCGCGGGAAUUGAUGUGGGGUUUAAGAGGGACGAAGGGUUCAAGAGGGAUUCAAUGCAUCAGCGGAAACGGGAGCGAGAUGUUGAAGGGGAUGAGGGGGGUGGGAAGAGGAGGAAGGGGGAGGUUAUCGAUCUUACUGCUGAGGAGGGGGAGAGAGAUGGUGAGGGUAAGGGUGAUGUCAUUGAUCUUACGGGUGAACAUGAGGAGUGGGAGGGAGAGGUUGAUUACGCGCAGUCGAUAAUACAUCAUCAAUCUUGGAAUGGCAAGUCGAAAGCGAACUGUUAG